CCUUUGCUUUGGCUUCUCAGCAUUCUAGUGAAAUAUUCAGUCUCUUCUAACACCUCUUUUGCGCCCCCUACGGUUCGCAUUGUGCACUCAGGCUUGGCUUGUAACAUUGAGGAGGAACGUUACUCGGAGAGAGUCUAUACUAUCCGGGAAGGAGAGACUCUAGAGUUAACCUGUUUGGUCACAGGACAUCCACGUCCACAGAUCAGGUGGACCAAAACAGCAGGAAGUGCCUCUGACAGAUUCCAAGACUCAAGUGUCUUCAAUGAGACUUUGAGGAUUACAAAUAUUCAGCGACACCAAGGAGGCCGCUAUUACUGUAAAGCAGAGAAUGGCUUGGGAUCCCCGGCCAUAAAGUCCAUCAGAGUGGAUGUCUACUAUCUGGAUGAUCCAGUAGUAACUGUUCAUCAGAGUAUAGGAGAAGCUAAAGAACAGUUUUACUACGAGAGAACAGUGUUCCUUCGCUGUGUUGCAAAUUCUAAUCCACCUGUGCGGUAUAGUUGGAGACGUGGCCAAGAGGUCUUACUUCAAGGAUCUGAUAAAGGAGUUGAGAUUUAUGAACCCUUCUUUACACAGGGUGAAACAAAGAUCUUAAAACUAAAGAACCUUCGACCUCAGGACUAUGCUAAUUACAGCUGCAUUGCUUCAGUGAGGAAUGUAUGUAACAUUCCUGAUAAGAUGGUGUCAUUUAGACUUUCAAAUAAAACAGCAUCUCCGUCAAUUAAACUUUUGGUGGAUGAUCCUAUAGUUGUAAAUCCCGGAGAGGCCAUAACAUUAGUAUGUGUUACAACAGGAGGCGAACCCACACCCUCUCUCACCUGGGUCAGGUCUUUUGGGACACUGCCAGAAAAGACUGUUUUGAAAGGAGGAACUUUGACUAUACCUGCCAUCACGUCAGAUGACGCUGGUACUUACAGCUGCCUGGCAAACAAUAAUGUGGGAAACCCUGCAAAAAAGUCCACUAACAUCAUAGUGAGAGCAUUAAAAAAAGGACGAUUUUGGAUCACACCAGAUCCUUAUCACAAAGAUGACAACAUCCAGAUUGGGCGUGAGGUGAAAAUAUCUUGCCAAGUAGAAGCUGUACCUUCUGAGGAAUUAACCUUUAGUUGGUUUAAAAAUGGUCGUCCAUUAAGAAGUUCUGAGCGGAUGGUUAUUACACAGACGGACCCUGAUGUCUCUCCAGGAACGACAAACUUGGACAUCAUUGAUUUAAAAUUCACGGAUUUUGGGACAUACACAUGUGUAGCGUCUCUGAAGGGAGGAGGAAUAUCUGAUAUCAGUAUUGAUGUUAAUAUAUCCAGCAGUACAGUUCCACCCAAUCUGACUGUUCCGCAGGAAAAAUCACCUUUGGUCACCAGAGAAGGAGACACAAUAGAACUGCAAUGUCAAGUAACUGGAAAACCUAAACCGAUCAUCCUUUGGUCUAGAGCUGACAAAGAAGUCGCAAUGCCUGAUGGAUCAAUGCAAAUGGAGAGUUAUGAUGGAACCCUGAGGAUUGUGAAUGUAUCUAGGGAAAUGUCAGGAAUGUACCGAUGUCAGACCAGCCAGUACAAUGGAUUUAAUGUGAAGCCCAGGGAAGCGUUGGUGCAGCUCAUCGUGCAGUAUCCUCCUGCUGUGGAACCAGCAUUCCUGGAAAUCCGACAAGGUCAGGACAGAAGUGUCACGAUGAGCUGCCGGGUCCUAAGAGCCUAUCCAAUCCGGGUGCUGACCUAUGAGUGGCGUUUGGGCAAUAAACUACUACGGACUGGUCAGUUUGACUCCCAGGAGUACACAGAGUAUCCGGUGAAGAGUCUUUCCAAUGAAAACUAUGGAAUUUAUAAUUGUAGCAUUAUGAACGAAGCCGGAGCAGGGAGAUGCAGCUUUCUUGUUACCGGAAAGGCUUAUGCUCCAGAAUUCUAUUAUGACACCUACAACCCUGUGUGGCAGAACAGGCAUCGUGUUUAUUCUUACAGUCUGCAGUGGACUCAAAUGAAUCCUGAUGCAGUGGAUCGCAUUGUUGCAUAUCGCUUGGGUAUUAGGCAGGCUGGACAACAGCGUUGGUGGGAGCAGGAGAUUAAAAUAAAUGGGAAUAUCCAAAAGGGAGAAUUAAUUACAUAUAACUUGACUGAACUAAUUAAACCAGAAGCUUAUGAAGUCCGACUAACUCCUCUCACCAAAUUUGGAGAAGGAGAUUCAACAAUUCGUGUCAUAAAAUAUAGUGCUCCUGUAAAUCCUCAUUUGAGGGAAUUUCACUGUGGUUUUGAAGAUGGUAACAUUUGUUUAUUCACCCAAGAUGAUACAGAUAAUUUUGACUGGACAAAACAAAGUACUGCAACAAGGAAUACAAAAUAUACUCCUAACACAGGACCAAAUGCUGAUCGUAGUGGCUCCAAAGAAGGUUUUUAUAUGUACAUUGAGACAUCUCGACCCCGACUGGAAGGAGAGAAGGCUCGACUUCUUAGCCCUGUAUUUAGCAUAGCGCCCAAAAACCCUUAUGGACCCACGAACACUGCAUAUUGUUUCAGCUUCUUUUAUCACAUGUAUGGACAACAUAUAGGUGUUUUAAAUGUUUAUCUACGUUUGAAAGGACAGACAAAAAUAGAAAAUCCAUUGUGGUCUUCAAGUGGGAAUAAAGGACAACGAUGGAAUGAGGCCCAUGUUAAUAUAUAUCCAAUUACUUCAUUUCAGCUCAUUUUUGAAGGUAUCCGAGGUCCUGGCAUAGAAGGUGACAUUGCCAUUGAUGAUGUAUCAAUUGCCGAAGGAGAAUGUGCAAAACAAGACCUAACAACUAAGAAUUCCGUUGAUGGUGCUGUUGGGAUUUUAGUACAUAUAUGGCUUUUUCCAGUUAUCGUCCUCAUCUCUAUCUUAAGUCCUCGAAGGUGACCUUAUUCUGGCAGAGGCUGUAAAAGAUUCACCAGGCACUGGUAUGAAGAAAGAGUCUUUGUUAAUGGACACUGAAAAAACAAACUACCAAAGAUUCCUCCACUGACUACUGACUCAAUAAUAAAAUAAUAAAAACAAAUUUUUUUAAGCACUGGGGAUUUAAAAAAAAAAAAGACAUCCUGGAAGUAUAACUUAUUCUAAGCUACGUAUAAAAGAUAAGUUUGACCUGAGUAGAGAAGAGAUCUUCAGGUGCUUUUGUGGCUAAAAAACAAAACAAAACAAAAAAAAAGAUUACAGCGUCAUCUGGUUGAACUCUGG